AUGGCUCUCCAUCAUCCAUGGAUAUUUGUCUCUGGCAUUCUAGGUAACAUCCUCUCUUGCAUGGUGUACCUAGCUCCUUUGCCGACGUUUGUUCAUGUGUAUAGGAAGAAAUCGACGGAAGGGUUCGAAUCGCUUUCCUGCGUCGUUGCCCUGGUGAGCGUCGUGCUCUGGAUCUAUUAGGCCAUGCUUAAAUCCGAGGUACUUCUGUUGACCAUCAACUCCAUCGGCUGCGCCGUGGAAACCGUCUACAUCGUCGUGUUCCUCGUUUACGCUCCGAAGAAAUCUCAGAUCUUGACAUUGAAGUUGUUAGUGGUAUUCAACAUGGGAGCCCUAGUUUUGGUGCUCACUACACAUUUCUUUGCCAAAGGGAGAGGCCGAAUCCAUGUGAUAGGAUGGUCUUGUGUGGUGACAUCGGCGGCUGUUUUUGCAGCUCCUUUGAGCAUAAUGAGGUUGGUGAUAAACACCAAAAGCGUGGAGUUAAUGCCAUUCACUUUAUCAUUGUUUCUCGCCUUCAGUGCCAUCAUGUGGUUCGUUUAUGGCCUCAUCCUUAAAGACUUCUAUAUCUCUCAAAUUUAA